AUGGAUGGGAUGCGGCUGGUGUUUUUUAGCGCUCGCCGGUCACAUGACUUUACACGACUUGACCCGAGCGGACUCCUCCAGACCGAGCUCGCACCGUUCCAGUCGUGUGACAUCACUGCACCCACGGACAAACCUCGGAUUCUUUCGUCACGUUUUCCCGAAAGUGCCGUGACCUCUGGGAACAUGACACUGACACUGCAAAAAAUGAUGAAAUAUGAGCACCCGGCCUUAGCACCCGGCCUCAGCACCGGCCUUAGCACCGGCCCGGCCUUAGCACCGGCCUUAGCACCGGCCUUAGCACCGGCCUUAGCACCCGGCCUCAGCACCGGCCUUAGCACCGGCCUUAGCACCGGCCUUAGCACCGGCCUUAGCACCCGGCCUCAGCACCCGGCCUUAGCACCGGCCUUAGCACCGGCCUUAGCACCGGCCUUAGCACCGGCCUUAGCACCCGGCCUCAGCACCCGGCCUCAGCACCCGGCCUCAGCACCCCGCCUUUCAGCACCCGGCCCUCAGCACCCGGCAUCAGCACCCGGCCUCACCCGGCCUUAG